CCAAGCACACAGCGAGAAACCUGUUCCCUGCCUUCGGCUUCCUUGACUCGCUGAGUCGAGUGUCAUCUAAAUCCAAAGAACUACUUUUGAACAGUCCGUCCGAGCGCAACGUGUAAAACAAUUCGUGGCACCGAAAUUUUGGAUCUCAUCUCCGUAGAGUAUCAUGCCCCCGGGCCAUCAGACACCUGAAUAGAGUUCACUAAGUUCAACGAGUUGCUGUAGUGUAGAUUUCCAUGUGAUUUUGUGGUACUUUUUUGUGAUUUACGCCGUUUUUCUUCGCUAACAAUGCCUUGUUCUGCGGUAACUUUAAGUUUGGCCACCAUCACUUCCAUCAUCGCCGUAGCACUUCUUGCUAUUGCAUUCACCACGGAUAAUUGGCUCUACAUCGAAGUAAAGAGGUCACAUAUUCAGAAUUACCUAAGCAAACAUUCAGAUGUUCAAAGUCAAGCGCUGCUAGAAAGUGUCAAUUCGAAGUACUAUUAUUACACAAGGACCAAAGGACUAUUUAGGAUAUGUUAUCCAAAGGAAAGACCACCUACGAUAAAAACGUACCUGAGUCCUUUGGAAACACACUGUAAUAAUGUCAAUUAUUACAUUCCUGAUGAAAAUAACGACACCAGAGACUUCACUGAAGAUGCCUGGACGAGACUACAUAUGGGACGAUCCAUGAUAGCACUCUUCAUCAUAUCCUUCGUCGCUGUGUUCGCUGCUUUUUGCACAGGAGUGACAGGUUGUUGGAAACGGUCACCAGGAAAUAUCACUGCCACAGCAAUCCUAAUGCUUCUUGCAUGCCUUUUAAGUGCAGGUGCAAUGGGACUCUGGCACGGUGUAGAAUAUUACGAAAAAGAAAAACAAGUUGGUGAAGAAUUCUAUCAACAAUGGAAUAGUAUCCUCCAAGAAAACGCCGACGUCUACUACGACUGGAGUUUCGUCCUUAGCUGGCUAGGAGUCUUCAGUUGCCUGGGAGCGUCGCUGCUCUUCUUCUUCGCUUCCUGCUGCCUCGGCAACGAAAAGGAAAAAGAAGACCUCAACAAUAUUCAGUACCUCAUGCCAGUGUACCCUCAAAAGCAACAAUACGCCUAUGGAGGCUACCCAGUACCGCAGCCCUACACAGGGCCGUACUACACGACCGGGUCAGCGUAUGGACCCUACAAUUAUUGAAAACCAUAACCACAAAUAUGUAGGACAAAGAACAACUUGAAGAGACUGUCUAUCAAUUACCUGUUACGUGUAAACAAAUUGAAUUAAUAAAAAGACUAGUUUUUGGUAAUUUAAAACUUCAUAACAUACUUAAGAAAAAUGCUCAGGGUAAAAUUUUUUUACCGUUUAGUGUAAUUUUCUGUAAUAUUUUUCGUAGUGUUUCUACAUUUAUAUUUUUAUUUUCAUAAUAUUUAGAUAUGUAAAUGAUUUUUGAAAAACUGAGGAAUGUCUGAAAUUGUUUAGAUAGGUAUAUGAGAUAGGUAUCAACAAAAAAAAAAAAUAAAAUUCGAGUGCAAUUUCAUUUAAAAUUUGACAAUAAUUAAAAAGGUCAUUAAGCUUAAUACAUUAAAGAUAUAGAUUAUUUGAAAGGUCAUCAAGCUUAAAACCUAUAUACAUUAAAGCUAUAGAUUAUUUGAGAUACCUGAUAUUCCGGUUUUUCACGUACCGAUUAUUUAAUACAGGACAUUUAGUACUGGCUGAUAAUAAUUUACUAUUUCAUGUGUCAAGAAAAUUAAGUUUUAGAAUUAGGGAACCAUCUUUAUUUCUUCUAUUGAAACUUAAGUUCCUUGCCACGCAAUAAAUUUAUUCAUUUUUCGAAAUAUUGUUGCAGUAUAUUCAAUGGUUUGGAGUUAGUACACUGUAAAGCUACCAUACGCUUUUACUUUUUUACUACUCAUAUAAAUUAUUAGGCUGUUUAAAAUCAGUACGUGAAGAAGCCAUAAUAAGUUUAGAAAAAGAUCUUGUAUAUAUUUACUAGAGUUAAAUAUAGAUUAGAAACGAUAUGAGACAUUGUAUAAAAUGUGACUGUACUUUAUCGAAUUAAGGUAGGUAAAUACAACGAACAAUUUAAAUAUUAACAACUAUUUAUAUUGAUAUUUUUAUUUUUUAUAUUUCUUUAUAUAAAACUAUUUUUAACAUUGUAUAAGGUAGGUUCAAACAAUAAACUUUUGAUACCAAG